AUGUACGACAACGCUGCCAACUGGACGUGUCUGCCAGAUCCCACAAAGCCUUGCACAGACUGGGGUUAUCCGGCCUAUGUCAUCAACGCAACGAUGACAGAACAUGUCAAGGCCGGUGUGGACUUUGGUGGGACCGUUUCCGAACCUAGAGACGCGAGCGGCCACGACUUUCUCGGCCGAUCAGUUGCUCCCGGCUCACUCUCCAUAUGGAUGCACCAUUAUGACAACGUCGAGUUCCACGCUGGCAGCUUCCAACUUGACGGGAUGGAAUCUUUGUUCAAGGGAGAUUCCGUCUCUUGCGGUGGCGGCACCAGCAUGUAUAGCCUCUAUAAGGAGACCGAUAAGCACAAAACGACUGUGGUCGGGGGCGGUGCCAAAAGUGUAAGCGUCGGAGGCUAUAUCUUAGGUGGGGGCCACGGCAUGCUCUCUCCCGACUAUGGCCUGGCUGCCGAUAACGUCAUUGAGAUGGAGGUCGUGACGCCCCUUGGGGAUGUCCUCAUUGCCAACAAGGGAUCGAACAAUGACCUGUACUGGGCGCUUCUGGGCGGCGGCGGUUCGACCUUUGGCGUCGUGACUCGCUUCACGAUCAAGGCUCAUCCUACUCCUCAGCUGCAGUUCGUCACGUUCAUUGCAGCUACCAGCCCGAGCAACCCCAUGGCUGCCGACAUUGUUACUUUCCUCGCAAGUCAGUUUCCUGGUCUCAACGAUGCUGGCCUGCGCGGCUAUGGCUUCCUGACCAUGUCCGGUUUUGACAUGGGCGUCGAAGGCGUCCCCAAAGAGUGGUCAGGCAUUGCAGGCGCCUUCACGGUGGUCGAUCGGUCGGCACAAUACACCGAGAGUCUACUUACGAAGCUGAACAACACGCUCCUGGAAAGUUCCAACGGCACAGGUUCCGUGACUGUUCUGCCCAUUCAAACGUAUGAUACCUUUAUGGAGUACUUUGACGAGAGGUUCGAUGCAGGCAACUGCGGCGUCACAACACUUUUGAAAUCUCGCCUUCUAGAUCGGAGGGCCUUGACCCACGAUCUAGAUGCGCUCAGGGCAGCGCUGAUAGCAGCGACAAACGUCGCUGGUAUGAUCCAUUUCUAUCCUCUCGCCGGCAAGGCCGUCCACGAGGCUGCCAAUGGUGGUCGUGACAACUCUGUCAACCCUGGGUGGCGCAGUGCCUACGUUCACGCAUUGAUCUCCACCAGUUUUCAGCCUUUCAACAGGACUGCCGAGAAGGAUACCCAGGCUCUCCUGGAAGAGGCUUGGGAGCCCAUGGUGCAGCUGACGCCUGGUAUGGGAUCGUAUAUCAACGAGGCCGCAUAUUUUGAGGACAAUCCCGCCGAAACAUUUUGGGGCGACAAUUAUGAACGUCUACUUCAGAUCAAGCGCAAGGUUGACCCGAUGGACCAUCUUUCUUCGUUCUCGAUUAGGUCAGGCCACGCACAUCCCAUCCAGGGUCCAAUCUACAGCGCGUUCCGCACGCGAUCAAGCUUUGGACUAUCCCGACCCCUCCACGAGCCUCGAGCACCCCACUACCCAAGGCAUAAUCCCAAAUCCCUGAACAUGCCACUCUUCGGCAAGAGCAACAAGUUCAAGGCGAAUCCUCCCAAGAUACGAGUUGAGAAAGUCACUGUCAGCCGUUCCGCUUCGAAGCCCCCGGCUACCAGUGCUGUCAAGUCUGCGGUCCCCUCUUCCAACCGAUCUCUCGGGUCCAACUCGGCCCGCGCAUCACCCAAGCCAGCUUCGCUGCGACAAGAAAGCCAUUCUCCUUACCCUUCUAGCUCCGAUGAGCGCAAGCGCAAGCGUGCAGUGAAAACGCCGUCAGCGCGCGCAAGCCCCGCCGUAGUGGAACGCCCGGCCUUCGACAAGGACAGCGACGCUGAAGAGGACGAUGGGUGGCUCACGCUAGAGACCAGGAAACGACAAAGAAAGGCGCGAGAGGAGGACUCGAGUCGUCAGUUAAAGAAUGAGCGGUCGUUUGAGGAUGGCUACGGCAAGCUUGAGUACAUCCAUGCCGUGGAUGUUGCCUCACUCGAGUGCAAGUGCGUACCGGUCAUGGGCGCUACAGAGGAUGAUGUCGCAAUAGAACUGCAAUAUCCAUGUUUGGGCCCACGCGAGAAGUUUCAACUGGUCUGGGCCAAAGACAAGAUUGACGCGGUAGAGGCGAGCACGCGUAUUGUGCAGCUGAUAGCUGAGAACUACCUGAACGAAGCCGAAGCCGAGCCCUUUACGAACCAAUCGGCCGGCCUCAUACGGCGACUCGAGAAAGCCUCCAACCGCAAUGUGCAAGACCUCAAUGGCUUCAAGGCUGCGCUGGAAGAGUACAAUCGAACUUUGCUAGAUCUCGUAGAAGACGGCAUUAUCGCCAAAAACCUCGAGAACAGACACGAACUGCCUCGUCACCUCGUUGCUUUCAUCCUCGACCAGAUAUACGACCGGACUGUGGCCCCCAGCGUCGAGCUGUUGUCAAAGUACGAGAACGGUACCGACUAUGUCUAUGGCGAGCUUCUGCACCCCUUCAUUUCCAAGAUCUUGGUCGACGACCUCAAGAUGACGUCCAAGCAAGUCAUGGUCGAUUUAGGCUCGGGUGUUGGCAACGUGGUCCUGCAGGCCGCUUUGGAGAUUGGAUGCGAGAGCUUCGGGUGUGAAAUGAUGGAGAAUGCCUGCAAUAUGGCCGAAGCGCAGCAGAAGGAGUUUGAGGCGCGCUGCGUGCUCUGGGGGAUCCAGCCUGGCGCUGUGCGUCUCGAGCGAGGUGAUUUCCGCAAGAACGCUGUCAUCACCGAUGCCCUGAAACGCGCCGACGUGGUGCUCGUCAACAACAAGGCGUUCACAUCUCAACUCAACGAUGACCUGGUCCGCAUGUUCCUCGAUCUGAAGUCAAGCUGCAAGAUCGUAUCGCUCAAGUCGUUCGUCGCAGACUCGAGCUACAACAUCAACGACGUGGGCAGUACCAUCCUCGACGCGGAAGAGAAGACGUAUCCGGAAGGGUACGUCAGCUGGACGAAUGCUGGUGGAUCAUACUACAUUUCAACACGGAAAUAG